GCCCCUUACACAGAGAUAACCUGGACUGGAGCGGGGACGAUUUUACCUCGUUAUCGGAUCGGGUACUCUUCAGGAGAGGUGACUUGGUCCUCGCGGACACCAUGGAUUGCGUUUUAGAUACUUACCUGCUUCGAGUCCUUCUUUUCCUAAUGGGAAAUAAUUUGCACAUCUCAGUCAGAAUUUUCUACCCCUUCUUCGCCCCUCACCAACUGCACCCACGCCUUUUGAAGGGCACAUGCCAUAUUCUACUUGUAUUAUAUUUAUUUUCUUGUCAAUUAAAUUGGAAACUCCCUGGCACAGUGUCUAUGCCAGUUUUCCUACUUGUACCGGCGGGCUUUGUCCGGACGAGGGGUUUGCAAAGUUAAGCGAGUGGGCAAAUGAUUUUGUACGUGUUGCUCAAGAAGAGAGCAAAGUAGGAUUUUGAUAUAAGAAAAACAGCUCUAAGGACCUUUUUAAGGUUACCAACACAAGAAGCAACCAUGCCUGGAGAAGUAGGGAAGACAGACAUGGAGAGAAUUGGCCUCUUCAGUGAGAUGGGAUACACCACUAUUGGUGAUAAAUAUGUGUCACCAUUUAACCGACCCUUUAAUGAGGCUGCAAGCAAAAAUAGGCAGAUGCUACCUGGAGGAACCAAAGUAAUGUCACAUCUCCAGGCAGGUUAUUUUGAUUCUCAGUAUACGAGGAUUUUUGAAGGUGAAGGCUAUGUAAAUAUGAAUCAAGUGAGGAGACGGCAUAUGAUGGAAGAAGCCAAAAAAAAUUUAGGCAAAGCCUUCCUGCCUAGUAGCGGAGAGAAAAAACUAUGUGGAUUAGGAAGCUACUAUGGAACAAUAGGUGGUCCAGUGCCAUUCUUCAGUGCAGAAUUAAGGCCCAGGGACAAAUAUGAGCCACCAGGAAAGAAUUUAUACACAAACCCAGGAAAAAAAGGAACAGGAUAUGGCUAUGCAAAUGUUACCAUAGGCAAACAACUUCCACACUCCUCUGAUUUGUAUGAUGCAUCAAAGCUAAAUUUUAAGAAACAAAAUGAAGAACACCAUCGUUUACUGAAAGGGGGACCUUUCAAGUUAAAUCUUUACCCAAAGGAAUAUUUUGACAGUAAUCCUUAUUUUUCUGAUAAGUCUUUACCGCCAGUUAAAAGCGAAGCGAAGAAACAACCACUUCCUAAACCUUUUAAACCCUCUUCUCCUGGUAAAAAGGCUGGUGGAAUGAAGGCAGGAACCUUUGAACCUUACCCAUUACAUUCUGCUGACCCUUACACAGUCAAAUUGGAAAGGGAUAUUUCUAGAAAAGAAGCUAAGGUUUUUCAUCCGUCAGUGGGACCAAAAAGCAGACCAGUUGAAAGUAUAAUGGCUCUGAAUGUCAGAAGGGCACUGAAUGCGAAGAACUACAAGGCUACUUCAGUCCAAUCGUAUUAGCAACUGAAAAACAAUGCCUUCCUGGACUCCAGUAACUCAUUACCAAGGGAUAAGUAUAUGAAAAAGAUUUAAAAGUUUGUGGAACAGAUAGCCCAAGCAUUUAAAGGAAAUGUAACACUGCAAUUGUGACUUUUCUGGCUUUAGUACUGCUACUUAAUAUUGCUCGCUAAUAAUAUGUAUUUGCUGACUUACAGUUUUAGAUCUGUUUCUAAGAACAAUACAAUGUUUUGAAAUUUUAUAAACUCUUAAAAUGUGUCCUAUCACUUUAAAACCUUUAUUCCUAAUGUUAAAACAUUUCAGAGUUGGAGGCUAGAGGUAAAGUGUGUGGACUAGAACCAGGGUAGAAAUUACACAGCAAAUUCUGGUAUAUUCUUAGCAGUACAUGUCUGAAAAUUGUAUUGAUAGUUAUCAGUUGUCAUGGCCUAUCAAAACACUCAACAGUAGAGAUAAAUAUUAAAUCCAUGUAUACUACAUGAUUCAUGUAUGUAUAUAUCACUGUACUGAGAUAAAUGUUUAAAUAUACGUGGCAUCAUGCCUUCUAUUUCUAACUAAUGCAAAACAUCAGAUUCUUUACCCAGUGGUACCCGGAGACAAGUUGAGACUAUAGGCUCAGGAUCUUAUGACUAGCAAAAAGGAUGAGCUCUGGCUGUGUGGUCCUGUAAAGCUCUUCUCUGAAUAUCCAGACCACCUCUCUGGUGCAUCUUACCUCAGUCCCAACCUUGAGUUCCCAUAUUCUCGCUUCUUCUUCACCCACUAGGACUCUUUUAAAAAUAUCUGUUCUUAAAAUAUGUUACUGUAAUUCAUAGUGUGGCCUAUAAACACAGUCUUCAUUCAAUAGGGUCUGGAGCACAUAGCAUUUGUAUUUAAAAAGAGAAAUUUAAAAUACCUACUACAAUAUAUUGGGGAAGAUAUUUUCUAUCAGUGGUGCUUGCUUAAUGCUUAUCCCUCUGCCAGGUUAAGCUUUCAGCUGGAAAUCAGACUGCAGAGAGGCUAUAAACCUCCUCUUCUUUUUUGGGGGGGGAGGGUCACUCUUAUUCCAGUAGAGGUGAAUGAUAUUAAGCCGGAUUUUUCUUUUGAGACAGGCUCUUGCUACAUAGCCCAGGCUGGCCUUGAACUCACUGUGAUUUUCCUGCCUCAGCCUUUCGAGUGCUGGAAUUACAAGCAUGUCCCACUAGGCCCAGAAAGCCAGAUAUUUUUCUGACUUUUGAAAAGUGUCAAGAUAGUACAGAGAAUUUUUACUAUUAGUAAAUGUUUAAUAAAUUUUCAUGUUUCAUAAUUAAUCAGUGGUCAAUGGACAUCCUAAAAACACCAUCACAAGUACAAUGUGCUUCAAAGGUACCACUUGUGUUCAGAAUAGGACUAAUUACCAGGUGUACACAACUGAUUCAAACUUAGUUUUCUAUUAUUAAUAUUACCCAAUAAGCUUAUAAAUGUAUGUAUUCUUUUGAGAUAAUGGGUUUAUAAUUAUAGACUGUAUUAAAAACUCUGCAACUGCCUAUUUUAACUUUCUUUUAGCUGCAGCUUUCCUAGUAUGUCUUUUUAAGCAAUACAUGCUUUACACAAUAUUCAUAGAAGGGAGCAUCUUCUAAUGCCCUACUGGACCUUAUAAGUAUGACAAUUCACAGGUUUUAUCUACAGGUUGCCUACUCAUAUCAAUUUACAGAAAAAAAAUAAGUGCAGACACUAGUUACAGCAAUAGUGAUGCAGAUAAAGAAAUGAAGAUUUCUGAGUGUGGCACGGAUCUGCUUUUGGCUCUUGUUGCUUUUGCUGUUUUUUGCUGCCAUGAACUAUUGCCCUCUGCCAUGAGCCACCUGCCUUGGAGCCAAAUGCAUAUGGACUGAAACUUCCACAAACCAUGAGCUAAACAAAUCUGUCCUCCUGGAUCCUGGGAAGAUGGCGGAUUGAUAGGUAGCAGGGUAGGGAGCCUCUUUGAGAAAAACAACAGAGAUGCUAGAAUUUAACACCAUGGAGAAGACCAGAUGAAAGGAGAGGGAGUCUCAUGACUCAGGAGGAAACUGAGGAAUAAGAAAAAGAAAGAAAGGAGGACAAAUGUGGACAAAAGGCUGGAAUCAGAUACACUCUAACUGAAGCUGGUCCCGCGCUGUGCUGAGCAUGCCGUGGAGUCAGAUGACUCAUGUUCAUGCUGAAAAUGGCGAUUGGUGAGCCCAAGGCCCUUGGCAGGAAAAUACGGUGCAACACAGAGAGGAACCAAUGUGGAGAGCUGCACUAACCCGUGGUGAGUACUAGGAAUUUGGUCCUGUGGAGGGGGUGACCAGCUGGAGGACAUGUUGGAAUUCGGCAGGACGGGCCUGAACCUGGAACUGCAGUGGCAUCAGUCGGCUGCUCCUGGCCCAAGGAGGACUGGUGGAAUCUGCUUGGGCUGGGUCACACCCCUGGUCAGGACCCAAUAGCCAGGGACAAAACUGACCUGAACCUGUGACAUCCGCUCAGCACAGACUAACAUGCUGAAGGCACUUGCUGGUUGACUGGCUCAGAGGAGAGGGGCCAGCCCACAUCGUCCCUGCAUGCACCUCACAGAUCAACAGUAAAUUGGAAAGGGCAGCAAUCCCUUAGCCAGCAUGCUUCAGAAAAACCAUAAGCAAUACAGAAAGAGCCUGAGACCUCCACCAUACAGCUGUCUGAAAGAAACCAGAAACAUGACAAGAGACAGAAACAAGAAAAAGCCUCCAGCCACUGACCAGGGAAAAUAAGUCCAGGAGAGGUAAAUGCAAAAGAGAUCAAGGGCAGCAAACAUGCAGUAUCAGACACAGCAUCAGCGGACAUAAAGAAAUACCUUCGUGAUCUCAUAGACAACCUUAAAACUGAAAUUCUAAUUCAAGUGAAGCAAGAUAUAAAAAGAUUAAUAAAAGAAAUGUUAAACACCUCUCAAGAAGACACAGAUGGAAGAAUGGAGGAACCCAGAAAAAGGAGAGAAAUUUUUGAUGAAGAAUAUAAACAAAAUCUAGAAUAUAUGAAACAGAUCCAAAGAGAUUACCAGGAAAUUAAAAACUCUGUUGAAAGCUGACAAAAUUCCUUGACAGAAACUAAAGUUAGACUUUCAAAAUGAAGGUAGAUUUGCAAUGUGUGAUCGUGAAAGAUCUCUUAAAAAUAACAAGGAACUAGGAAGUAACAAUACAAAGGUGAGAAGACAACAAGAGGAUGUAUCACUUAAGAAUAAAAAAUGUGAGUGAAGAAGCAGGAGUAAACACAAAUGAAAUACAAAGGCUAUUCACAGAAGUAAUUAAGGAAAACUUCCCAAAAGUAAGAAAAGGAAAUGAUAUUUAGAUAUAUGAGGCAUAUAGAACUUCAGCCAGCCACAACCAAAGCAGAUCUACACUCAGACAUAUAAUAAUCAAGAUCCCAAUUCAUCACAAGAACAGAAUAUUAAAAGUCAUCAGACAAAAGAAACACAUCACCUUUAAAGGAAAACCCAUCAAGAUCAUGACUUCUCGACAUAAACUAUCAAAUCAAGAAGAGCUUGGAGCAAAGUAUUCCAAGCCAUAAAAGAAAAUACUUAUCAACCCAGAUUGGUGAAUCCUGCAAAACUAUCUCUCAAAAUUAAUGGAAAAACAAGAUGUUUCUAUGACAAAGAGGAACUGUGGGAGUUCAUGACCCCCAAUCCAACCCUACAAAAAAUACUGAAGGAUAUUCUAGAGAGAGAGAAAAAAAAAUCACCAGGAUUCUAGCAACAGUGACAGAGGGGCCUCAAUGAACAGGGCAGACAGUGGAAUGAAGGAGAAAAAUAGACAACCAACAGCAGAAAAAUAGCAUAGCAUAGAUGAGGCAGAGAAGGUUGGCUAUGAUCUGUUAACACAGAUGACCUUGAUACACUAACAAAAAGAAACACAGGCAGAGUAGAUCAGGAGAUAGGGUCCAUUGAGAUUCUCUGAAUAGGAAAUAUAGUCUACCUGAAACAGGGUUAAUUAACCAAAAGUCAAAGAUGAGAAAACAAUGCUGUGUGUGACAGGGAACCAGAGAGAAAUAGGAACAGCUCGUCCAGCAGCUGCAGAUAGGUUGGAAAGACAUGACACUUUUGUGCAGGGGAGAACUACUCAGCUAAAAGGAAGGAAAACCUUGAGGCUUUAGUAGGUAAAAGAAUACAGUUCAAGAUCAAGUUCAGGGGUAAGGGUUCAGAACCACUUAGGUAGAUAAUGUGUUGCCCACCCUGCCAAUCUAAAAACUAAAGGAGUUAGACCCAAAAUAUAUAAAGCACCCUGAGAAAGGGAAAGGGGAGGAAUUCUCUAAAAAAGGAAGGCAGAGGACAUUGUUAAUAGUGUAUCAGGAUUUAAAACCCACAUUACUCUUAUCGCUCUGUUUUGUUUGAUUUUAUUCUUUUCCAGUCUGUCUACUCAUACUAGAUUUGAGGGCACAGACAGCUAUCCCAAAAAUAGCAGGAUAUACUAUGGUAACUAUCCUUAAUUUCCUAUUAACUUAACCUGAAGCCCUGUAUUACUUACACGGUCUUACUAUGACUGAUCUUAUUUGAAUCUGGUUUGUUAGAUUGCUGUUUCGUCGAUUGAUUUUAUUCAAAUUUGGUAUGCAUGGUAUUAUCAAGUCUAAGAGCAGAGGCAACUACUCUGAAAGCAAGAUGCAAUAGGAUACACAUUCCUGUUUGAUUAUUAACUGCCUUUGAAGUCCUAUAAUGUCUCCAAUGUUUUGUUUUUAUUAGUAUUGCUAUGUAGUGCUACGUUCAAUUAUAUUAUGCCUGAUGAUAUAGACAAUUCUAUUGAAAAUAACAAGGGACAUCAUGGUACUUACUGUAGAUCACCUAAUAUUGUGGUUUUAUGUCUUUUUCAUUUCAUAUUUUUCUAGGAAUUUGUUUUGUUGUCUUGUUUUGAUUUGUUUUUCCCUCUACUACAGAAAGGAUAGAUAUAUAUGUAAAAUACAUGUAUGCGUAGAACUUCUAAACAGUUUACGAGAAUAGAUUAUAUAAAGCAUGAUGUAAUGAACAGAUACUCUGAAGAAGAAGAGACACUAAGAUACCCAGUACUCAUUCUGUAGCAUCAUGAUAUAAAAUCUAGCAAUACUAUUAUUCUCUGUCCAGAGUGAUAUUAGUCUGUUUUCUUUUGAAGCUAUUUUGGACAGCUAUUUUGAAAGGAAUGAGAGAUACUAUAACAGCCAAUAUUGUUUUCCCUAUUGUCUGGUCUCGAAGACCUAAAAUGCCUUCAUCAUCCUGUUCUGAUCAGUUUAGUACUGUUUUGUUCGGUAUGAAUUCACUGUGUGUGAAGAUAUGAACUAUUUGGAAGAAAACAAGAGAUGAUAGACAGUGAAAAUCUCUGGUGGUCUUGCUUUGAAAUCUGUGUUUCUUAAAUUGUUUUCUUAUGAUCUGUUUUGUUCUGUUUAAUUUUAUCCUCUUUAAAAUAAAAUUUUAAAAAAUC